GAGACAGACAGAGACAGAGACAGAUUUGGUAGAAAUGUCGUUACUGUGGGAGAAGAGCACGUCGUGGAGGUGGUUGGUGAGGAGGACGAGGGAGUCGAAGCCAUUCUUCAUAGCCUUCGCUACCAUAUGCGGCGUCGUUCCUGGAGUCAUCGGCUACGGAGUCAUGCAGUUCACCAACAAACACAACCCUGAGCUCGAAGCUCGUCUUCGCCAGACCGCUCGCCCCGAUUCUCUCAUGAUGGGGAAAGUGAAUCAAGAGAGACUGGCAGAAUACCUUGGAGAGCUGCAGCGCAAAGAGGACACAAACGACCGUUAUGUUGCUGCUCUGAGAGGAGAAACAUUGACCAGGAAACCAUAUGUGAGAAUACAGGAAAUCCCAAAACAAAGUGACACUAAGGCUACCCUGGAACAGAAGGCUGACAAAGAAGUAGAUGGGGAGUGAUUUGCUGUUUAGGGAUAAUGGAAAGUCACAGUAUUUGGAUGUUAUGCAGCAUUUUCUGAGCUGUGUUUGUUUGGGAAUAUUUCAGUAUAACAUAGUAAUUGGCUGCUGUUUCUUUAUAUAAA